AUGUACGCUGUCAAACCAUGGGGCAAGGUUCUUCUUAUCGGUAGUAGUGUGGGGACAUAUGCAAUGGGAAUAGGCAUGCGAUGGCGUGAAUCUAGCGUACAAAUUAUUGAAAAACGUGUAGAUCCCCGUUAUGAGGUUAACAAUAGAAGACGCUGUGUUUGUACCAACCAAACUGUGAAGCUCCUUGCAGAUUUGGGUUGUACUGUUGGAAAGGUGGAAAGUGUUCUUAAAAAAGCCAAGGGUUGGCGUUUUGUGAAUUCUAAUCUCGAAACAAUAAAAGAAGGAGUAGUUUUUCCAGGUUGUGCUGAUGGUGAGGCAGCGUAUCACUGUCGCGAAGGUGAUCUUCUUAGAAUUCUACGAACAGAAUUCUUGCGUUUUGGGGGAGAUAUAAGUUGGGGAACGGAAGCAUUUGAUGCUUUUGAGAGUGGAGACGGAACCGGAGCAUGGAGUUUGAGAAAGAUGUAUGGUCUUGAAACUGAAGCAGAGGCCAUUAUUACCAUAGUGAAAGGAUCGCAACUUUCAGAGUUGUUGAUAGAAGAUGACCCCAAUCGUAUAGCUGUUCUCUUCGACGAAGACUCAGGUGUUUUUCACUAUGAAAAGUCAAUCGUUGAAAAAUUAUUUGGAUCAAGUGAUGUAGUCAUUGUAGUGGGAUCGGGAGUGGUACUUCAUAUGUGGUACACAGAUGACAUAGUGGUCUGGAAAGCCAUCCGGAGAGCUCAAAAGGGUAAUGUAAACCUUCAGAAUAUGUUUUUUCAUCCAGUUAUUCGAGAUAUUCUCAAUAAUAGUUUUGACGUGGUUUCUCGUGUGCUUAUUCUUCCAGCGACCACUCCUGCGAUUAAAGAGUCAGCGUCAAAGGUAAAGUUGAGUGUGUUGGGAGAUGGGCUUCUUCCUGUUGAUCCAUUUGAAUGGAGAGGAGAUCGUUCUCGGUGCCUCAUUGAGGAAGCCUCAGCGCUUUGUCGAGCGUUUUACGGUAAGAAGUACCACCGUGGAAACGUUGCUCAUCUUCUUAGAGGAAUUGAACAAGAUGCACUGGCGAAACGAGCUUCUCUAUUGCGUCGCGAUUUAGAAGAUGCGGAGCAUUUUUUGACUUCUCAACCCACAAUUCCGGAGUAUGGUCAAUCUACCUCCAUGUAUAGGGUUGGUGCGUAG